AUGGCCGCCCCUCCCGCCAUUCCGCCCAUGGAGAGCGCCGACAGCUUCAACCCAGACUUCACCGCCGUCUCCGCGCCCAACGACGAGGGCGCCCUGUCGUCGCCGGUCGAGGCACCCGCGCCCGCGCCUGCGCCUGCGCCGGCAUCGCCUGAGCAGCGCACCGCAUCGCAGGACACGCAGACACAGCACCGCGUCCACGAUGUGCUGCACUCGGACGCGGGGGUCUCGACGCUGCUCAACCGCCUCAAAGCCAGCAUCGCGAGUGCGAGGGACUUUGCCAGCUUCCUCAAGCGCCGCGGCGCACUGGAAGAGGAGCAUGCCGGCAGCCUCAAGAAGCUGAGCCGCCUCACCAUUGACGGGCUGCGCAAGCCCGAGUCCCGCCACGAGAGCUACUCGGCGCAGUUCGAGCAGGUGCUGCAUGCCAACGAGCGCAUCGCCGACAAUGGCACCCAGUUCGGCCUCGCCCUGCACGCCAUGCAUGAGAACCUGGUGCAGCUGGCCAACAAGAUGGACACCAACCGCAAGACGUGGAAGCAGCAGGGCCUGGCCGCAGAGAACAAGGUCCAGGACGCCGAAAGGCUGGCAGAAAAGGCCAAGGCCAAGUACGACCAGCUCGCCGACGACCUCGACCGCGUCAAGACGGGCGACACGGGCGCCGGCCGCAAGUUUGGCCUGAAGGGCCCCAAGUCGGCCGCACAGCACGAGGAAGACCUCCAGCGCAAGACGCAGGCCGCCGACCAGGACUAUGCCAGCAAGGUGCAGACAGCGCAGGCCCUGCGCAAGGAGCUUGUCGCGUCGACGCGCCCGCAGGCUGUGGCUGCCCUCACCGACCUGGUCAAGGAGACGGACGCAGCAUUGACCAUGGAGAUGCAGAAAUACGCCUCCUUCAACGAGAAGCUUGUGGUCAACAACGGCCAGGUCAUCACCCCACAGCCGCUCAAGGGCAGCAGUGCCCAGGCCCCGCCCAGCAUCAACCAGCUCAUCUACCAGAUCAACAACGAGAGGGAUUUCGACGACUACAUCCUGAAGAACGCCGCGAGGGCACCGCUGGUCAAGUCUGAAGUGCACUAUGUCAAGCACCCCACACAGGCUCCUGCGCAAUCGCAUCCCACGCCGCCGCCUGCCAUCAGCGGAGGCCGUCGUGCAUCCUUGCAGAUGCAAAGUCAACCGCCGCCCGCCUUCUCGCUGCCACAGCCAGAUGGCCAUGCACCGCCCGCUGCACACCCUGAGCCGACAUCCCAGAUUGGCUAUUCUAGCUACGCUCCACCCUCACAACAACACAUGCCACCAUCACAGGCUCCUCAACACAACGGCUCUGCAUAUUCCCCACCUGCACACAAUCCACACUCGCAACCGGACUACCCCCGAGGGCCUGCAGGUCAGGCGACCGCUCAGCAAAGCAGUGGAGUCCUGUAUAACAAUUCACAGCCCCCUCUGAAUCCUGUUUUCGGCCUGACGCUAGAGGAACUCUUCAGGCGUGACGGCUCGCCGGUUCCCAUGGUUGUUUAUCAGUGCAUACAGGCAGUUGAUCUCUUUGGGCUGGAGGUCGAAGGAAUCUACCGCAUACCGGGCACUUCUUCCCAUAUUCAGCAGAUGAAAGCGCUGUUCGAUAGUGGUACGUGGCUGCUGAAACAGUUCUUCCGCGAGCUGCCUGAUCCUCUCCUGACGAGAGAGUUCUACGGCAAAUUCAUCGACGCAGCGCGCAUCGACGAUGAUACUAUGCGGCGAGACUCAAUGCACGCCUUGAUCAAUGCGCUGCCUGAUCCAAACUACGCGACACUGCGUGCGACAAUUCUGCACAUGCACCGUGUGCAGCAAUCUUCUGAGGUGAAUCGUAACAAUAUGGCCGAUGCUGGUCUCCAAGCCCGUGUCAUCAUUACCAUCCUGGACAAUGUCCUUCAGAUAUUUGACGAAGACUGA